AUGAGUACUGACGAAACUACUGGUGAACAACUAUUGGAUCUUAGUUUUCAACCACCGCAAGAACCAACUCCUGAGCAAGAAGAAUUUCGACGAGACGAAGAACGCCGCCAAGAAGAGUUGCGCCAGGCAGUUUUAGAGAAACUACCAGGGAAUGUUCCUAUGCCUAGUAUAUACGAUGUGGAGGCUAAUGAAUCGCAUGGUGUCAAUGAUUCCUUACUUAGUCAAGAUGGAAAUGAAAAUAGAGAAAUCCAAGUUGAAAAUAAUGAUGAUAGUGUACCCUCAGAACUAUCACUAUCUAAUGAUCAACUAGACAAUAUAAAGAGUGCUGGCAAUACUUGGCAAGCAUCAACCCCUUUUGUUGGUAAAUCGGAACAAUUUGAUACUUCGAAAGGGAUUAGUUUUGUUACUCCGCCUCGUGCUCCGAACUUUCCUUCAAAUAUAUAUCACAUAUCAGGUGACGUUGAUAACAAUAAUUCUAAUAUUUCCGAACUAACUCAAAACUUAAUUACUGGAUUUGAUCAUGAUCAAACGAUCUUAGAACAGAGAGAAAAUAUUAGCACAGAUGUAUCACCACAUGUGAAAGAACUAGAGCCUGAAGAGCAAGAGGAGGAAUAUCAUUCAGAGAAAGACAAGGGCAACAGUCACAAUAGCUCUGUUAAUGAGUUUGUGAUAGAUACUGAUGCAUCAACAUUUCCUGAACCUAUAUCAGACAAUGUUGUGCCCUCUGAAUCGACUGAUCCUCUUAUACUAAGUAAUGUAAACUUUAUGAUUCCAACCGCCGCUGGCAUAAAUAUUCCCCUCUUUGGCGACUCUAACGUUAAAAGACAAUCCUCUGGUGAUCCACCUUCAACUAAAAAGGAUGACAAUAUAAAAUUGGAAGAAAAUGAUGAUUACCUUAAUCGUUCACAGACUCAACAUGAGCAUUACACUAGUACAGCACGAGCAGUAAAAAUUGAUCAAUAUCAGGAAAUUUCCAAGACUAGUAGCAAUUCCACUACUGGACAUGAUGUAUCUCCAAAUUCUAGUGAUGCUUCUGUCGCUCAACUGCGAAUUUUAUAUGAAGCUCGGGGUCGCAAAGUAGAUGAACUUAGUCAGCAGCUAUUAACAUUCAAGGAAGAUAGUGAUAGGCAAAUACGUAUAUUGCAACACAAAGUUCUUCUAUCGCAAGAUGAAUGUCAGGCUUUACAUUCCAAUAUUCAACAAUUUCAGAACAUGAUAUCCGAAAGGACUAUUGAAUGUGAUGAAUUACGUAAAAAACUAACAUUAACAGACGAUGAGAAGAAAUCUCUCCGAUCUGAAAGAGAUGAAGCCAUAAGUAAAUUGCAUAUAGCAGAGUGCUCUAUUGAGGCAUUAAAUCAACAAAUAUCUGAAUAUUCGCGCUCAGAAACAAUUCUCCGAUCCAGGGAACAACACGACAAGAUAGUUGCAUCUUUGAAAGAGCGCCAUCAAGAAGAAGUGUAUGAAUUAAAAGAAAUGCAUGAUAAGACUGCUUCUCAACUUUCUGAAUUGUAUUCGGAAAAGGAAAGGUUAGAAAGUGAAUUAAUAAAUGUUAAAAAACGUGCUAGAGAAGCUGAGUUAGACCAUACUGAAGCUAUCAAGAAGUUAACACAGAAUUUGCAUGAGUUUCAAAAUCGCUAUACUAAAGUACUAGAAGAGGGUUCAGUAAAGGACGUCCUCGAACUUCGUGAUCAGUUACAUAGAUCGGAAACUGCAAAAUCUCUUGGCGAAGGUUUAUGUGAAGAUUUGAAAAAAGAAGUUACCGAAUUAAAAGAUCAGUGUAAAAUGUAUGAAGCGGCACUAAGAUUGGGCGUUCAGACAUCGGGUAUUUCUCCAGGGUCAUUAAAUGAAUCAUUGCCUCAAAAUUCUGAUGCUAGCUUUCAAUGGUCUACCAAGGAUGAAGAUUCAAAUGUUGAAGCAGACGAUAUAGUUAAUGGUUUGCGUGUAGAACUUGACCGAUGUCUUGCUAGUAAUGCCGCAAAGCGAUCUGAGAUUUAUCAGUUAAGAUCAGAAUUAAAGGAAGCUUAUCAAGAUUUAAAGAAUGAAAAAGAAAAAUGUAGCAGGACAGAGUUAGUGUGUGCUUCUCUCGAAAAUCGUAUGCAGCAGCUAGAAAUUGACUUAAAGUGUGCAAGAGAUUCGCAAGUUGGAGAAAGUAAUUCGGAAAGAAUUUUACGACAACAAAAUAAGCAAUUAAGGGAAGAUUAUGACGAUAUAUGUUGUAAAUGGCAAGAAGUAAAGCAUGAUUUAGCUAGCAAAUUGAAUGACGUUAGUGAAUUAAAUAGAUGUAAUUCUGAACUGAAAGAAUCUUUAGAGCUGACUAAACGUGAGGCUGAAAAAGAUAAGCAAGAAAGUGUAGAAAGAUGCCGUUUAAUGUGUAAGCAUCUACAUGAAACUGCAAUUGAUCAGUUAAAGACUGGAAUGACGUCUGCUUUUGAAGAUGCUAAAGAAAAGCUUGUUCAGCAACACCGGGAUGAAAUAAGUAUUUUAGUGGAAGAGAUCGAUGUUCUCAGGAAUGAAUUGCAUAAAGCUAAAGAAGCUUAUGUACGCCUUGCUGAUGAACAAUCUUUGACCGAGUCUCGUAUGAAAGAGGAAUAUCAAAAAGUAGCGGAUGAAGCCAUAUCUAAGGCUCUCGAAGAAAGUGGUACCAAAAAUAUACGUAAGGAUUGUAUCGACGUUUCUAUUUUAGCAAAUGAAACAUCGAUAAUAGGUCAGUUACCUAAAAGGGAAAAUACUGAAGAGGAGUUACAGAGGAGAAUGGCAAUCGAAUUAGCUAUAGCGAAAACGAAUUGGAUUGAAGACCGAGAAGAGAAAUUUAGAAAAGCUGUUGAAAGUAGCGUCUCUACUGCAAAAAGGCAGUGGGAAGCUGAAUUAACUGCUGUCCAUGAAGUACACUAUCAGUCUAGGCUUGCUACUGCUAAAGCUGAAAUACAGUUACGCUAUGAGAAAGAAGUUGAUAUUGCAGUUGAAGAAGCUGUCAGCAAAGUUAAGAAAGAAUACGAAGGUAAUUUUCAGCAAAGAGUGGCUUCUGCUAUCCAAGAAUCUGCUCAUGAAACAGAAAAUGAAUUAAAGAUAGGGUAUCAGAAGUCAAUAGAAGAUGCUAUAUGCAAGGCUCGUAAAGAGAUGAAAGAAGAAAUGGAGUCCAGACAUAAGUUGGAGCUCGAAGUAGUUCUAGAAGAGGUUACUUCUAGCUUAAAGGCAGAACAUCGCAAAGAAAUAGAAAUAGCUAUUAGUGAGACGGCUUUAAACUCUCGUGAAAAAUCAAAAGCUGAAUUUAAUGCUAUGCUAGAUGAUCUUCGCAGUACGGAAAUUGAGAACUUAAAGAGUAAUUUAGAAGAAAGAUAUGCUAUGAAACUGAAUAGUGCCGUAGAAAAUGCAUUGGAGAAUGCAAAAGCAGAAUGGGCUGAAGUGUAUGAGAAAAAUACACUAGAUAGAAUAGAAUCUGCCGUAAGGGAAGAAAAGAAGAAAUGGAACGAUGAAAUGCUAUCUAAUCAAUCUAGGUUAUGGGAGGAGCAAGCAGCACAAUUAAAAUCAAAAUGGGAUGAAAUGGCUGCUGCAGAACGACAGAAAGCUAUCGAAAUUGCUAUUACAAAUGCUGAAAUCAAGUGGCUUCGGGAAAAGCAGGAGGCCGUCGAAGCUGGCAUCAAAUCGGCUCGAGAUGUUUGGAUGCGCGAACAUAAAGUCUCUGUCGUCACUGCUGUAGAAAAUGCGGUAGAUACCGCACGAAGUGAAUGGAAUCAAAAUUUAACUCAUCGUUUAAGUGAUAUCGAACAACGAUGGUCUGUAGAAGUAGAAAAGCAAAAAGUUAAAGAGGUAAGUGAUGCAUUGACGAAAGCGAAAUCUGAAUGGAAAACUGAGUUUGCACGUGAACUGCAAAGUAUCGUCAAUGUAGAAAUAAACAGAUCGUUUGCCAACUGGGCGUCUUCUAAUGGCUAUGCCGCGAAUGUUGUAAAUCGAAUUCCCUCUAGUCCUAUAGAUUUACCACAUUACGCUCCUAUUCGCCAACAAAUUCAGGAAACUGUCACGACACUUUUAGCUGCAAUAAGUAGUUCUUGGGAACAUGACAUGACAAGAAAACUUCAUGAAGCUAUUAGAGAAGCCAUUAGCGAGACUGAAACUUCUGUUCAGAAAAGAAUGAGCGUUGAAUUUCAGCAGAAAGUUAAAGCUACCAUGGAGCAGAAUGAAUUAAAAUAUCAACAUUUAAAAGAGGAAGACCUGAAGCAAUUUUCGAUAUCAAAGGAAAAAGCCUUUGCAGAGUUGAAUGAGCUGUGGCUUCAGAAAUAUGAAAAAUUAAAUAAUGAUAAUAAAGCUUUGGUUGAUAAUGCGGUGUCAUCACUAAAUAAAAAGUUUGCAUUAGAGAAAGCUGAGAUAACCAAAAAGCAUACAAGUGAUAUGCAACAGUUGAUAGCAAAUCAAACAAUUAAGAGUGAGCGCGACCUACACAACUUAAAAAUCGAUUGUGAACGGGAUUUUUUGAAUAAACUUGCUUUAGAGCGUAAGGAAUGGGAAGCGCAAAACCGAACAAUUAAAGAUAAGUAUCAUUCUGCUCUAUCAAAACGUCAGCAAAUGUGGGAAUAUGAACGUGAAAAUCUCCAGCAACAGUUAGCUUCUGCGGAAUCUAUAAAGGAUUAUCAUGAAAAAGCGUUGGCAGCGGCGCAUAUUAGAUUUGAAACCAAAUACAAAGCUGAUAUUGAGCUAGCGGCUAAGAAUUAUAAAGCUACUAAGCAACAUUAUGAGGAUAAAAUAAAAGAUAUGAUUGAAAAGUAUGCAGCAGAGAUUGAAAAAUUGGCAAAGGAUGCUAAAAAGCCUAUUGUAAACGUUGCAGCUUGUCAGACGGAAUCAUUUUCGGAGUUGACCGCCUCUUAUGAUAAGAAAUAUAUUGAAAAGCUGGAAAUGCUAGGAGAACGUUAUAUUUCGACUAUGCUAAAAAUACGACAAGAUAUUAUGCGAUUUAUGACGCAGAGUAGAGAGCGCACAGCUGCGAAGAUGCGUGCUGGAAUUUUAAGAGAGCGAAUUGAUGUGGCUAAACGAUGUAAAGUGCAAUUUACGAGCUGUGUUAGGAGGCUAAUUAAUGAAGAAUUUUCAAAUUUGACGAAAACUGAUAUCAGCAAGUUCAUUAAAUCUGUAGAAAAAGCAGUAGAAUUAUCAGACUUAUACAAUACUGGUUUAAUAAGUACCCCUAAGAUUGAUAAAGAUAUAUUUAGUGAUCUUAAGAGGGACAUGUUAGCCUUCAAUGCUGUGUUAGAAAGUGAGAAUUCAAUAAAUUUUGGCCAUUUAUUGACGACGGAAUCAAAAGAUCUUGAAGCUAAUCAGAAUGGCACUAAAAGCAGCCGUAAUGACGAAGAAGGCAAUCAUUUUGAAGAGGCCCUUCAGCUAGUGGCGCCAAGUAUCUCCGCGAAAAUUACUGCAAUACCAGUAUCAACCGGUAAUAUUAUUAAAGGUAAAGCUAAUUCAUUAUCUAACAUUAGUAAUGGAGAUAAGAGUCUAGAAAGACGAUCGUCUUCAACUAGUAUUGUAGAUGUGCAUGGGGCAAAGACAAGAGAUAAAGAUGUUAGGGUUAAUCGUGCACACAGCCAAGCGGAUUUGUUUGUUAACAAGGCAGCUGAUGACGAUAAAAAUACCGGUCGUAGCAGUAUUUCCAAACUUAAGCGUCCAUCUGGAGUUAAUAGUCCUCCACUAAUUCAUGGGCUGGUCACUAAGGAUUUUUUAGCUAAACCAGUUCCACAUUUGGCAUCACAAACUUCAACUAAUCGUGAUGCAAAAGGAGGGAAAAAUUCGAAAUCUUCUAAUCCCCUUAAGCGCACACGAAAUGUUUGGGUCCAGAGUUCGGAAAUGGAGGGUGAUGCGCGUUUUGGCAUCAGCAACACAUCUAUAACAGCCGGGCCUAGUUCAGCAAGCAAGUUUGGUACUGAUGAUAAUUUGCCUUUAUCUUCACCAGAUCCUGAUUGCUAUUCGGAAUUACCUUCAACAAUGAGUUUUAUUAAACGCAUGCGAAAUAUUCAUUUGAAAGAUUGA